UUUACAUUGAUGCAUAUCCUGACUACUUUUAAAUAAAUAGAAAGUGUUCUUCACUUAUUUAUCCAAUAUAUAUAUAAAAAAUAAAUAAAUGAAUAAAUAAGGCCAAAACAAAAAGAAAUCCAUGCAUUAAGACCCUUCAAUUCAAAACCAACAACCUCGUCGUCUCGUCGGAAACCUAACCCUAACCCUCAUUUUAAUGGCGACCACCACAAUCACCAUCACUCUCUUCCUCUUUUGCUUCAUCACAACAACCAUGUCCUUCCCACCAUCACCACCAAUCCAAUGCAACACCACCAUCUGCCUUCUCUCCAACGCCUACGGCAUCUUCAACACCCGUAACCCUUGCCCCGUCCCCUCCGUCCUCUACCCAACCUCCGAGCAAGAUCUCCUCGCCGCCAUCGCCAUGGCCACCAAAUCCAACCUCAAAAUCAAGCUCGUCAGCUCCUUCUCCCACACAAUCCCCAAAUUCUCCUGCCCUAAUCCCACCUCAAACGCCCUUCUCAUAAGCACCUCCAAAUACAAUACCAAUAUCGAAAUCAAUCCCUCCCAAAGAACAGUCACAGCCGAUGCCGGAGUUGGCCUCAGGGCGCUCAUAGAUCGGGUGGAGGCCGCCGGAAUGAGUCUGGUUGCGGCGCCGUACUGGGAAGGGGUGAGUAUUGGAGGGCUGGUGAGCACUGGGUCGCAUGGGAGCUCGUGGUGGGGGAAUGGAGGGGCCGUGCACGAUCAUGUGGUCGGGAUGAGGUUGGUGGUGCCGGCGGGGAGGUCGGAAGGAUACGCGAAGGUUGUCACGGUGGUCGCCGGCGAUCCUCUCUUCGAUGCCGCUAGGGUUUCUCUCGGGAUUAUAGCGGCCAUCUCCAAGGUGACACUUUCGUUGGAGCCAAGGUUCAAGAGAAGCAUAACGUUUUCAUUUCAAAAUGAUUCAUCAUUUGAAGAUGAUUUCAUGGAUUUGGCUAAGAAGCAUGAGUUUGCAGACAUAAGUUGGUUUCCAUCCCAAAAGAAAGCAAUUUAUAGGAUUGACGAUAGAGUUCCUAUGAGCACUCCUGGAGAAGGUGUCAAUGAUUUCAUUGGUUUUCAAUCCACUGCCACACUUACUUCUACUGCAGUUAGAGCCUCAGAGAAAGCAGCAGAGAAGGCAAAGAGCAUAAAAGGGAAAUGCACUCUAGCAAGCAUGGAACUUAGUGCCAAAAAAUUUGUAGGCUUUGGCCUGAAGAACAACAAGAUCAUAUUCACCGGUUACCCAGUUGUUGGUUAUCAAGGCAAGAUGCAAACAUCUGGUUCUUGUUUAUAUUCAUCAUCACUAGACCUCCUCAGUUCAUGUGCAUGGGAUCCAAGGAUCAAAGGACUCAUAUUCUAUGAAACAACAGCAAUUUUCUCACCUCAAAAGUUCAAAGACUUCAUCCGAGAUGUGAAGAAGUUGAGAGACUUGAAUCCAGAUAAUUUCUGUGGCAUAGACAACUACAAUGGCAUGCUGAUACGUUUUGUUAAGCGAUCAACGGCGUACCUUGGCCAGCCGGAAGAUUCUGUUGUAGUAGACUUCAACUACUUCAGAGCAGAUGACGCCAUGACACCGAGGUUGAGUGAAGAUGUUUGGGAGGAGGUUGAGCAGAUGGCAUUCUUCAAGCAUGGAGCAAGGCCACACUGGGCAAAGAACAGAAAGGUUGCAUUCCUGGGAGUUCAAGAAAAGUAUCCGUACAUGAGUUUGUUCAUUGCUGCAAGAAAGAAAAUAGAUCCACUGGGGGUGUUUUACAGUUCAUGGUCUGAGGAGAUACUGCUGGGACAUGUAACCGAUAAAGAUGAUGGAUGUGCUCUUGAAGGGCAGUGUGUGUGUUCAGAGGAUCGACAUUGUAGUCCUAGUAAUGGAUAUUUCUGCAAACCUGGUCUUGUUUAUCAGGAAGCUAGGGUUUGUCGAUAUUCAUCUACCGCUAUAGAAUGAUGAUGUGCAUUUGUGAUGUCA